CGGCGCCAAGUCGUUUCGGCUUUCCGGCGUACGGAAACACCCGUUAGACUAGCCGGGUCUUAGCCCCAGGGGCGCACGCGGUUGGGCGGAAAUGCGACAAUUAAUACGCCGCUCACGCGCAUCGAAUAAUAGAGCUGAGAGCCAACGAGGAGGCAAAUUCGGGAUCCCGAGAUUUUCACUGACUCCGAACGGUAAUUUUUGCUUCUUUGAUCGUUCUCGCAGUCUGUUCCUUUUCCUUUUCCCUAUUCCUUAUUUCCUGUCAGUCUUAAUUUGUCGUCGGUCCAUGCAUAGAUGCGGAAAGGAGGAGAGGAAGAAGGCAACAAUAGAAAACAUCCGCGGAAAAGAGAAAAAAAAAAAAGCACCAAACCACCUGAAACUCGAUGGAUUGGAGAACCACAUUCUUUCUGUGGUUUCACAACAUCAUUGGCGAUACAUCAUGUAAAAAAUGACGUAUCUUUUCUUAAAACUUCUCCAAAAUGAGGAAAGUUAAAGAACGAGAGAAUAAUUGCAACAUACUCUUGAGUU